AUGCCGCAUUUUGUUUUAACCUCCUCUAUCUUCAUGUUGGGCUUGGCUUUAAUGUAAUACAUAUUGUGAUUUUAGUCUUGUAUUGUUAACAUCAAUAGUUAUCGUUCUUUACGAGAUCCACAAAGCAAGCAAAAAAAGGUUCUGA